UCCCGCCAAAGUAAAUGACCUUUGUUCUCUAGUUCCCGCCAAAAGCAAAACUUAGGGCUGAAAAGCGCAUAACAAUUCUCUCCUCUCUCUAUUCACACACUCUCUCUCUCUAUCUGAAGCACAAAUUAUCGCAGUCGCAGAUAGAGAAACAGAGGCCAAGAAAUGGACAUCAGCGAGGAAGUCAGGGCAGAGCACAAACGAGCUUUCCUCAAGUUUUUCGAUCAAGAUGCCCGGAGGAACUCUUACAUCGACGAAAUCAGGAAAAUGAUUCACCACAAGCGCCGCCGUUUCAUCGUCAACAUCUCUGAUCUCUUCGAUUUCAAGGGAGAUCGAGAAUUGGCUCGCAGGCUCCUUCAAAGUCCGAGCGAGUACAUACAACCGCUUUGCGAUGCGGUCACUGAAGUUGCUCGCAGUCUUGAUCCCAAGUACUUGAAGGAAGGAGAGCAAGUGCUUGUUGGCUUUGAAGGCCCUUUUGUUUCGCGUCGUGUUACGCCGAGAGAUCUCCUCUCCAGCUUCAUCGGUUCCAUGGUCUGCGUUGAGGGCAUCAUCACAAAAUGUUCUCUUGUAAGGCCAAAGGUUGUUAAAAGUGUUCACUUCUGCCCUAACACGGGAGCGUUCACUGCUCGUGAAUAUCGAGAUAUUACAUCCAAUAUGGGUUUGCCCACAGGGUCUGUGUAUCCAACGAGGGAUGAUAAUGGCAAUUUAUUGGUGACUGAGUAUGGGCUGUGCACAUACAAGGACCAUCAAACUCUAUCAAUGCAAGAAGUGCCUGAGAAUUCUGCCCCUGGCCAGCUUCCACGAACAGUGGAUGUCAUAGUUGAGGAUGACCUGGUGGAUUCAUGCAAGCCUGGAGACCGUGUGGCAAUUGUAGGGAUAUAUAAAGCUAUUCCUGGGAAAAGCAAGGGCAGUGUGAAUGGGGUAUUCAGGACUGUGCUAAUAGCUAACAAUGUCACUCUGCUAAACAAAGAGGCAAAUGCACCAAUCUACACUCCCGAAGAUAUAACUAACAUUAGGAAGGUAUCUGAGAGAGAUGAUACAUUCGACCUUCUUGGUAAUUCGCUUGCACCAUCUAUACAUGGGCAUUUGUGGAUUAAGAAAGCAGUGAUUUUAUUGAUGCUUGGUGGGACAGAAAAGAACUUGAAAAAUGGGACUCAUUUGCGAGGUGACAUAAAUAUGAUGAUGGUUGGUGAUCCAUCUGUUGCUAAGUCUCAACUGCUAAGAGCAAUAAUGAAUAUAGCUCCUCUAGCCAUAUCAACGACAGGUCGGGGUUCCUCUGGUGUUGGGUUGACUGCUGCAGUUACUUCUGAUCAAGAAACAGGAGAAAGAAGGCUAGAAGCUGGUGCUAUGGUUCUUGCUGAUCGUGGUGUUGUCUGCAUUGACGAGUUUGAUAAGAUGAAUGACCAAGAUCGUGUCGCCAUACAUGAGGUUAUGGAGCAGCAGACUGUAACAAUUGCCAAAGCUGGUAUCCAUGCAUCACUGAAUGCUCGAUGCAGUGUGGUAGCAGCUGCAAAUCCUAUUUAUGGAACUUAUGACCGAUCAUUAACUCCAACAAAGAAUAUUGGACUUCCGGAUUCUUUGCUUUCUCGUUUUGAUUUAUUAUUUAUCGUACUGGAUCAAAUGGAUCCAGAUAUUGACCGUCGAAUUUCAGAGCAUGUCUUACGUAUGCACCGGUAUCGUUCAGCAAUAGACGGAGGUGAGGCGACACUUGAUGGGAGUACAAGAUAUGGAAGAGAAGAAGAUGCUGAUGGGUCAUCUGUUUAUGUUAAGUAUAACCGAAUGUUGCAUGGUAGAAAAACGGGAAGGGCUCAGAAGCGUGAUACACUCACCAUAAAGUUUCUUAAGAAGUAUAUUCAUUAUGCAAAACAUAGGAUACAACCAGAGCUGACCGAUGAGGCAUCUGAUCAUAUUGCAACAACAUAUGCAGAGCUCAGAAAUGCCAGUUCAAAUGCAAAGACUGGGGGAGGGACGCUUCCAAUAACUGCCAGAAGCUUAGAAACCAUAAUACGACUCUCCACUGCUCAUGCCAAACUGAAGUUGAGCAGAGAGGUUUUCAAGUCGGAUGUUGAAGCAGCUCUUAAAGUUCUCAAUUUCGCAAUAUACCAUAAAGAAUUGACAGAAAUGGACGAGCGUGAGGAAGAAAGAGAGAGGGAGUUUGAGAGAAAACGCAAAGCUGACCAUGAUGGUGGUAACGCUGAUAGCACUGACCAUGGGCUUACAGCUAGUAGAGGAGGUGUGACGGAAGCCAUGGAAGUAGAUGAGCCUCCUGCAACCCAAUCCAACAUCAAUGUAUCUCCAGAAAGAAUAGAAGCCUUUAACUCUUUAUUGGGGCAGCAUGUGCGUGUACACCACUUGGAUCGCAUGUCUAUUGCAGACAUUGAGACAGUUAUGAACACUGGGGCAGCUGUCCCAUAUUCCAGGGCGGAGAUAAUGUACUUGUUAGAGAAACUGGGAGAUAAUAGAGUGAUGAUACACGAGGAUACAGUGCAUAUACUGUAAAGAAAUGCUGGUUGAUCAAUCCCCAGCUGCACUACUUCAAUGUCUCUCAGUUGACGGGAGUCGAAUUUCGGGAUGCGAUCUACCAAAGCAGCAUGGCAACAGCUUCAAUUGGAGAAAAAAUAUGGCAUGGAAUUUUUUCUCUAUGUUUGUUGUAAGCAGUUAAGAGUGAAUUCUGAAGGAGGAAUGAGACUGAAAACUGUAUUAAAGCAGUGCAAUGUUGAACUUGCUCUCCAAGGAUUUUGCCAAGCAGCAAGCCUUGUCUGACAACAUAUUUUUGCGACUGUCCUGUCUGAAAUUUGUCACUUUUCUCAUGUAAUUUUUUUUUAAAUUUUUUUAUUUCACUAACGUUUGGGACUGAUUGAUGUUUCUUUGGUUAAAACUUGUACUUGAAGAUGGAUAAAUUACAUGAGAGCUUAGUUUCAUCCUUAA